UGUAACACCCGAGCAGCUGAUUUUUAUUUUGCACGCUAUUUUUUUGUGUUUGAGAUGGAAAACUGCGUUAUUUGCGAGGAAAACCCACGCAAAUAUAAGUGUAGCAAGUGUUCGGCACCCUACUGUUCGGUGGCUUGUUAUAAAACCCACAAGGAUUCCCCGAAGUGUGUGAUAAAGGAAUCAGUCGGAAAAACAGUGGAAAAUGCAUUCCAGGAAGAGCCUACGCUGCAUGUACCCUUCACCACCGAUGACACUGUCCCCGCGGAAAAGCUCCAUCAACUAGAAAACAGCCAAGAUCUUCGCAACUUGCUCCACAAUCCACAUCUGCGUUCGCUACUCCAACAAAUCGAUGUGGCCAUCAAUGCCCAGUCUGCCAUGAUGGCCGCCAUGCAGGAGCCACUCUUCUUGGAGUUCGCCAAUGCCUGUCUCCAGGUCGUUGAACCCAUUUCAGAUGCCGAGAGGGCUGAAAUCGAAUUGUAUUCCUAGAAAAUCGUUAGCAAAACCAAGCUGCAAAAGUCUCAAUAAAACCAGCUUUGUAUUUUGUAACCAAUACAGUUCAAAAUCCUCUUCAUGAUCAGCUUGCCUUGCUUGUGAGCAAAAAUCACAAUAAGUUACAACAUAGAUUUAAACUUAAACUUAAUAAAAACAUAUAGAAACUGG